AUGUUGAAGCGAACAAUUUCUUCUGCACGCUUCCUAAACACGACGGCCCUGCUUGGCUGGACCUGCGCCCGCUGUCGCAGCCAGCUGCUGCCUCCUCUCUCCAGACCAAUCCAGACCCUCAUCCGAGCCCGGGCCCAGCGAGCCGCUGCUCGUCGGCAUGCUUCUACUACUACACCGUCGGCCACGAUCCCCAAGAUGGGGCGGUCAAAGCCACGCAGCCGGCGCACAGCAAUAGUAUUGCUAGCGUCAGCGGGCGGCGGGAUACUAGCAAUGCUUGCGGCAGCCGGCGAGGACGUGAAGAAUGGCUACGAAGCGUUGGAGCGGACAGGGCGCGUGGCGGCUGCGCUUGUGUUGUGCAUCAAUGACACGCUUAACGAGCGCGAAAAGAUACAGGACGACGAGGAGAAAGAGCGGUUACUGUCUGCGUGCCACAAGCGGUGCGCGUUGCGGACGCUCAAGGUGCUGGAGCAGAAUGGCGGGAUAUUUAUCAAGCUUGGGCAGCACUUGAGUGCAAUGAACUACCUACUCCCGCCGGAAUGGACGACGACCUUCAUACCUCUGCAAGACAAAUGCCCCGUCUCCUCGUUCGAGUCCAUUGAGGAGAUGUUCCGCACCGAUACAGGCGGCGAGCUAUGGGACUACUUCUCAGAGUUCUCUCCUGAGCCCAUCGGCGCAGCCUCCCUAGCGCAGGUACACCUCGCGACGAUUAAGGAGACAGGCCAGAAGGUAGCGGUGAAAGUCCAACACCCAAGCCUGGAACAAUUCUCCAAGCUCGACAUGUCCCUCACAAGCUUCACCUUCUCAACGCUCAAACGCUUCUUCCCCGAAUACGACCUAGAAUGGCUCUCCUCCGAGAUCGAAGUCUCUCUGCCCAAGGAGCUCGACUUCCGUUGUGAAGCCGAAAACGCGCGCCGCACAAAGGAAUACUUCUCCCGUAUUCCCGAACUUCCUCUUGUUAUCCCUGACGUGAUCUGGGCCCAAAAGCGCAUCCUGGUCAUGAAGUGCGAGACGGGUAAGCGGCUCGACGACCUAGCGUACAUGGACGCCGAAGGCAUCGACCGUGAUGAGGUAUCGGCCACGCUGGCGCGCAUCUUCAACGAGAUGAUCUUUGGCGAUGGGGCGCCCCUGCAUUGUGACCCGCACGGAGGCAACAUCGCCAUUCGCAAGAACGCAUCCCGGGGUCUGGGCAGACCGAACUUUGAUCUCAUCUUGUACGAUCACGGACUUUAUCGCGACAUCCCGACCGAUUUACGCAGGAGUUAUGCCAAGAUGUGGCUUGCCAUCAUCGACGGCGACAUGGAGCGCACGAAAAAGUACGUCGGCGAGGUCGCCGGCGUAGGAGAGGACAAGUUCCAACUCUUUGCGUCGGCCAUCACUGGCCGCGAUUGGAGCGUUGUUUCUUCGUCAAUAAUGAAGCCGAAAGACCCCUCGGAGCAAAAAUCCAUGAGCACUGCUCUCCAAGAAGGCCUGCUCGUCGACCUAGUUCAAAUGCUAGGCCAAGUGCCCCGCAUUAUCCUGCUCAUCCUCAAGACCAACGACCUAACUCGGAGUCUGGAUGAGAAUCUGCAGACUCGGCAGGGUCCAGUUCGGCAAUUUUUGAUUUUGGCGCGGUAUUGUAUGCGAACUGUUUUCCGGGAGCAGCUGGAUGAGAUUCGGGCGCAUGGGUCGCUCUGUUGGCCGCCGAACGCGAUUAGGGUGCUGGCGGCGUGGCUGGGGUUUUUGAGGGUUGAGAUGCAAUUGCGGGCGUUUGAGAUGUGGGUUGGGUUGAGAAGGCUACUGGGGCUGAGGAGGAUAGAGUUCGUAUAG